AUGAACUUCGCUCCCUAUCAAGACGAAUCGCCCGAGAUUGAACGGGCUUUGUCCCCUCCGAAUGUGGACGGCCGCAUCAAGUCCCCCGGUCUCCGCUCACCGCGGGCUUCGGCCGACCUCCCGUCUCCGAGCCACUUCGCGGGUGGUGGAAACACGGGGUUUGGGAGAGAUGUGGAGGGUGGCCAUGUGAGCUUGGGUGCCUUCGAGACCAGCUUGCCCAUUCGCAUGGAUAUCGAGGCCAUGCUGGCAUAUCUGCUGCUGCCUCCGGCCGGAGGUGUGUUUUUGCUAUUGAUGGAGCACAAGAGUGACUACGUGCGAUUCCACGCUUGGCAGUCGAGCAUGCUGUUUUCUGCGCUCUUUGUCAUCCACCUCAUCUUCGCCUGGAGCAGUUUCCUUUCCUGGACCCUUUUCAUCAUUGAUCUCGCUCUCAUCGGAUUUCUCGGAAUGCAUGCCUAUCGAGAUGUGGAUACCCUUGAUCAUUUUGAAGUUCCUUUCUUCGGUCGCCUGGCCAAUUCCUUUGUGGACAACGAAUAA